AUGGCGGAUUUAUACGGCCCGACGGACGCAGUGAUGUGCAAAAUGUUCCGCACCACUCUCUCAAAUAGAGCUAUGAAUUGGUUCAACUCUCUACCCACAAGAUCGAUUGACACCUUCGCUCGGUUGUCAACACGGUUCACCAAUCAAUUCGCCAUCAACAAGCAGUAUGCCAAGACCCCAGCCCACAUUUUCUCUGUAGUACAGAGAGAUAACGAAACGCUCCGCAACUACAUCAAGCGUUUCGUAGAAGCCGUCCAUGAAGUCCCCAGUGUAGGGCAAGACAUGCUGUCUGGGAUUAUGCAACAAAACUUGAAGCCAGGUAGAUUCAAAGAAUCAAUCGCCGGAAGGCCUCCAGGCAAUCUAGAGGAAUUGCUGAAUCGAGCCGAAAAAUAUGUACAGAUAGAGGAAGCCUCUACCCAUGCUCCUCCUAAAAGGAAAAGGGAAGAUGACCGUCAGGACAAUAGGAGGCGGGAUGAUCGACGUCCACCACUUCCACCUCAAGGUCAACCAUCUUCCUCCUACAAUAGGUUCACGCCGCUAAACACUCGCCUCACUGAAAUCCUCCACGUGAUAGAACAAAGAGGUUUAGCAGAGCUUCCACGUCCUAUGCAGCCAAAUGCAAAACAAGAAAAGUCGGACUGCUACUGUCGAUUCCACAAGGAUAGAGGACAUACUACCGAGGAUUGUGCACAACUCAAGGUAGCCAUUGAAAGAUUGAUCAAGCAGGGCCACUUAGGCGAGUACAUCGAUAAGACUCGAAACAAGCUCCGUGAUGACCUCCCACGCCGAGAUAACAAUCGAGAUCAAACACAACGAAGAGAGGAGGGAAGUCAUCGGCGAGGACAAGAUAACAAUGACAAUCAACCCACCCUGGGAGCCAUUAACUUUAUCUCCGGAGGACCGGCGGGUGGCGAUUCACAAAAUGCGAGACGCAACCUCGCUCGGUCAGCACGUAUGAAUCAAGAGCAUGCCUCUUCGUCCGCCUCUAUCUACCAGAUACGAAGACCUGAUCAUAGCAUAAUCUUCAACUCUUCGGACCUUGAAGGUCAAGAUGAAUAUCAUGUUGAUACACUGGUGAUCACAGCAUCGGCCGCCAAUUUCCUGGUUAAGAAGAUAUUGGUGGACGGUGGAAGCUCAGCCGACAUAAUAUAUCUCCACGCUUUCAAGCAACUAGGCAUAGAUAAUGCCCAGUUUAACCCCAUCUCCACGCCCCUAAAAUGA